CGUAGGUACCUACACGGUACCGCAGUCCUGUUAUUAAGUGCAUAUUUGCCCAGUGCCGGGGAGGAAUGGAUAGCAAACUGUAUGGGGACCGGCGCGGUGCGCACAACGAGCAUCGCGCCACCGCCUUCCCGUCUGUCUAAUUGGCUGUCGCCCACCGGUUGAUGCCAUCAUACACCAGGGCACGGACGUGUAUUGCGACGUCCUUAAUCGCGUGCGCCGGCGCGCGGCCCGCUCACCAGCGGUGCGGCUGGGGCACUGCAACAUUCUCGCCGGUCGAACUCUUUGGCAGGGCGCUUGCGGUGCUCGAUGUGCGUCCAGUCUCCUUUGGCGGGGCGCACCUCUUCAAUCCGAGCGUCGCGCCCCUACCGUUAGAGACGAGGGCCGUGCUUCGACAGAAGGGCGGCGACCCUGUCUAUCUCGUCGCGUUCCGCUACCGCGGCGGCUUCUGCGAACUGCUUUGCGGCCGAGCCCCCAUUGAGCCGCCGCUCCAUAUUCGUGGUAUGCUCUGCCUUUACGAUAGGACAUUUCGCGAGCUCGCGUGUCUUCGGGAUGUUGUGCACGAAGCUCAGUCCGCCAGGCCCGCAGACUACGGUAGCUACGACGUUUUCCUGAAAACCAUCGCUGGACGAAUAUACGCCACGUCAGUGUUCUACGGCCGCAAACGCAAGCGCGGCAUCAGGCGGGACGUCGCUGAGUUUUACCUGCACUCUAUUGACGUGUUGCGCAGAAAUAACACCAUUACCGCGCGCAAGCGCUGGCUCGCACAUGCUGACGUGGCAUCGCCGGCGUCGCUCGACGUAACCCGUUUCGGGAAAAAUCUUGGGAUUGUUUGGGACGGAACAGCCGCAGACCCCUUCUCGCUGCUUCACUGGCUCGACCAGAAUGUCGCAGAUGUACGAAGGGGCGUCCCACCGCUUCUUCAACGGCCGAUAAACGCGGUACCGGGCGUCGGUCUGCGCGGCCGACGUCUCCACCACAACGGGAGUCCGCUGUCCGUCGACGCGUGGUGCCCUGGCCUACGUCUCUCGUUCGGCCACGUCCAUACCGACGAGAUUAACGCGACGGCACGGUUCCUGCCUUUGCUGUCGCCAUUGUCGUCGUGGGCGGCCUCGUACCGCGGACCACCACCGGGCACGGUCUACAUCCACUACAUCGUGUUGUGGCGGCACGACCCGCCGCAUCAGAUCGUCACGAUGUCGCGGCCCUUCUGUUUUCCGUCGUUGGACGCACCGGACCGGUGUGAUCUCAUUCAGUUUGUCUCCGGCUACGCGCGCGCGCCGGGAUCCGGCGAUUUGAUCGUUACCUAUGGUAUCAACGACUGCCUUUCCGCACGUGUCCAAGUCCCAGUGGAGGAUAUGCUCACCUUGGCGUUUCAAAAUGACUCGGCAGCGCGCCGACGGUGGUGCCGGCCGCCACGGCAUCAUGGAGAUAAAUCACCAGGGUAAGCUCCUGGGUAAGCUUGCAAAGUAAGUAAGGGCCCCCGGGAGCUAGGUUGGC